CCAAUCACGUUUAGACUCGCCCAAUUUCCAAGUACAAUAGCUUUCAUAUCCUCCACAAAAGUUUGCUCACAAUGGCUUCCUCUGCAUUGUUGAAGCUGGCCUGCGUGCUCCUGGCGUGCAUGGUGGCGGUGGCUCCGGCGGCUCGAGCUGCAGUGACGUGCGGCCAGGUGUCGAGCUCUCUGGCCCCGUGCAUUCCCUACUCGAGGAGUGGCGCAGGGGCCGUGCCGGCGGCUUGCUGCAAUGGGAUCAGGUCGCUCAACUCAGCGGCUCGGACCACGCCGGACCGCCAAGCCGCUUGCAAGUGCUUGAAAUCGCUCACAGGAAGCAUCUCCGGCCUUAACUACGGAGUUGUCGCCGGGCUUCCCGGGAAGUGCGGGGUCAGUAUCCCAUAUAAGAUCAGCCCUAGCACCAACUGCAACAGCGUGAAGUGAGAAUGGAUCGUACGAGUACGUUUCAGCUUUGGAGAUCAAAAGAGUAGUUAGCUUCGAAUAAAUUGAAUGUACGAACCGAUACUAGGUUCGUAACUCCAUUAUGUAUGACCAGCAUCCUUUGCUGGUGCUAUGUACUAAUAAGAAUAUAAAUGAAGGAAUUAUAGUACGUUUCCUUAUUUA